GUUGGGGUCUACAUGGGGAGAAGAGACUUUGUGGACCGAGUCGACUCUGUGGAUCCAGUGGAUGGCGUCAUCCUCAUCGAUCAUGAGGCUCUGCAGGGGAGGAAAGUGUUCGUCACCCUGUCCUGCACCUUUCGGUACGGCAGAGACGACAUGGACGUGAUGGGAAUCGCUUUCCGCAGGGAGCUGUACCUGUCCACCCGCCAGGUGUACCCGCCUCUGCUGGACCGCGAGAAGGGAAUCCACACCAGGACGCAGGCCAGACUGCUGCGCAAGCUGGGAGACGACGCCUACCCGUUCUUCUUCGAG